ACUCGGUGUAAACAGGAAGAACCGACCGAAAAACCAGGACAAAUCUACUAGAACUGGAAGAUAAGGAUCGGCCAAAAACUAAUGAAUGUCUUGUUUCUGUUUACCUGCUAACCAACGGGAACGAUGUGCCAUAUUACCUGAUACUAAUCGCAAUUACGUGUCGUCGGAUAAGUGAGGAAAUUAUCGACAAGCUUGGAUAGACUAGCUAACGUCGUAAGCUACUCAGACGUAUUGACGCGAUUUAAUUCUCGGUUUUUGCCAGGCGAAAUGGCCCUCUAACUUCCUGGUUCCUUCGUGGGAGAAGUACAUUUUUCUAAAUCUUUCGGUCUUCCGAUUACUCUAUAUUUGGUCGCUUUGCUCUGAGGAUAUUUAAAGCAAUGGUUCAAAAGGAAAAGACGCUAGAGACGUCUCAAGUUGAGGGCGAGCCGAGCCCCAGCCCAGUCUCCGGAGAGGCUUGUGCCGAGGCCCCCGGCCCGGUGGAGGAGCCCAGCAUUGGAGUCGAACCAACAGGCCAUAGAAAAUUCAUUAGCGGAGUCGUUGAAGGUUUUUAUGGUCGGCCAUGGACAAUGGAACAAAGGAAAGAGUUGUUCAGAAGGCAGCAGAAAUGGGGACUGAAUACAUACCUUUAUGCACCCAAAGAUGACUACAAACACAGAAUGUUCUGGAGGGAGUUGUACUCCGUUGAAGAAGCAGAGCAACUCAUGACUCUUAUCAGUGCUGCUAAGGAGCAUGGGAUAGAGUUCAUCUAUGCCAUCUCCCCAGGCUUGGACAUCACCUUCUCCAAUCAGAAAGAGGUUUCUACACUCAAGAGGAAACUUGAUCAGGUCUCUCACUUUGGCUGCAAGUCCUUUGCCUUAUUAUUUGAUGAUAUUGACCACAACAUGUGCCCUGCUGACAAAGAGGUGUUCAGCUCAUUUGCACACGCUCAGGUGUCCAUCACCAAUGAGAUCUUCCAGUACCUGGGAGAGCCAGAAACCUUCCUCUUCUGUCCCACAGAGUACUGUGGAACAUUCUGCUACCCAAGUGUCUCUCAGUCCCCCUACCUCCACACUGUAGGAGAAAAGCUGCUACCUGGCAUUGAGGUGCUAUGGACAGGUCCCAAGGUAGUGUCCAAAGAUAUCACAGUAGAGUCUAUUGAGGAGGUGUCCAAAAUCCUGAGAAGAGCCCCUGUCAUCUGGGACAACAUUCAUGCCAAUGAUUACGACCAGAAGAGGCUUUUCUUGGGUCCAUACAAAGGCCGCUCCACAGAGCUCAUCCCUAGAUUGAAAGGAGUCCUCACUAACCCUAAUUGUGAGUUUGAGUCCAACUUUGUGGCCAUCCACACCCUGGCUACCUGGUACAAGUCCAAUAUGAACGGGGUGCGCAAGGAUGUGGUCAUGACGGACGGUGAGGACAGCACAGUGUCCAUCCAGAUCAAGUUAGAGAAUGAGGGCAGUGAUGAAGAACUUGAGACAGACAUGCUGUACAGUCCUCAGCUUGCCCUUAAACUUGCCCUCACAGAGUGGCUAGGGGAAUUCGGUGUACCUCAUCAAUACAACAGCCGACAGGUGCCUCACAGCGGUGCCAAAAACUCAGCCAUAGACGUGACAACCUUGGGUGCCCCCUCUCUCUGCUCAUCAACCACAGUCACCACAGUGUUCCAGCAGCCCAUCAUGUCUCCAGCUUUGCCGUCACUUUGCCCAGAUCCACAUUCCCACCCCAUGGCCAAAAGACAGCAGGAAGUGGAGGAGGUGGAGGUGGAGAAGAAGGAUUCAGAUGAGGAGCCCAUGGAGAUGGUGGUAGAAAAGCAAGACGAACCAGAACCAGAAGCCGAAGCUGAUCCAGAAGGCAAGCAUGUUAGUCCCACCUUGGCUGACAAGAUGGCUGAGGACCUGAAGCCGAUGGAUACAGACAAGGAGAGCUUGGCAGAAUCCAAAUCUCCAGAGGAGUCCAUCCAGGAGGACUCAGGAAGUGAUAUCGCCCCCAUGCAGACAGAUGAGCAGCUCAAACAGGAUGUGUUUGUGCCUGGGCCCAAUGAGAAGCCCCUGUUCACAGCAGAACCCCUCACACUGGAGGAUCUGAGUUUGCUGGCUGAACUCUUCUACCUGCCGUAUGAACAUGGGCCCAAGGCCAUGCAGAUGUUAAAGGAAUUCAACUGGCUGAGAGCCAACAGCAGCACUGUCAGUGUCAACUGUAAGGGCAAGGACCCUGAGAAGGUCGCAGAAUGGCAGUCCAGAGCAGAGAAGUUUGAGGAGAUGUGCUGUUCAGUCAUCCAGAUGUUCACACGUCUGUCGAAUUCAGCCAACCGAACCAUCUUAUAUGACCUCUACCCUUACAUCUGGGACAUAAAGAGCAUCAUUUCUAUGGUCAAGUCUUUUGUCCAGUGGCUAGAUGGAAGAAUCCACAGUACAAGUUUCUACUGCUAUUGGAUCGACAGUGGCCGAUGGUGUCGUAGUCAGUCCUCAGCACAGUUCCUUAGUGGAGACCAAGAGCCCUGGGCCUUUAGGGGAGGUCUAGCAGGAGAGUUCCAGCGAUUGUUGCCAAUAGAUGGGGCAAACGAUCUUUUCUACCAACCUCCACCCUCAAUGCCAACCUCCAAAAUAUAUUCCAUAAGGCCAUACUUUCCCAAAGAUGAGGCUGCUGUCUAUAAAAUAUGCAAAGAGAUGUACUCUGAAGGAAUGGAGGGAGUUCCUUUCCCAGACCAGGAUCCUGACCUCAUAGGAGACAGGUUAGUGGGUGGUUUCCUGUCUUUGAGUCCGGACUAUGGCUUUGUGCUAGAGGACGAGGAAGGGAUCUGUGGUUAUGCUCUCGGUACUGUUGAUGUCAAACCCUUCAUCAAGAAGUGCAAGUUGAGCUGGAUUCCCUUCAUGCAAGAAAAAUACCACAAACCUGAUUGUCAGAAGGACCUCUCAGAGGCCGAGAAGAUGAUGCUGAGUUUCCACGAAGAGGAGGAAGGUCUUCCAGAGUCAUUCCUCUCUAACUUCCCAUCUCUAAUCAAGGUUGACAUUCACGCAAAGGUCACUGAUCCCAGUGUGGCCAAAAGCAUGAUGGGAUGUCUGCUAUCUUCCCUAAAGGCCAACGGGUCCCAUGGUGCAUUCUGUGAGGUUCGACAGACUGAUAAGAGGAUGUUGGACUUCUACAGUAAGCUGGGCUGCUUUGAAGUCGCCAAGAUGGAGGGCUUUCCCAAAGACGUCAUCAUUAUGGGACGCAGCCUAUGAGGAAAUGUAUUGCUACAACAGCCCCAGACAGACAGACGAGAGACAGCAGCGGUCAACAAGGCUUUUGAACAUGUUUGCUACCUUCAUGAGACAAACUUUCAUGAUGAUUUUAUACCACAUUAUCAUCUGGGUUAGCCCAAGAUAACCUGUUUUUAAGAAGCACAGCAGUCGCACAGAUUCCUGGUGCUGUUCCUAGAUGUAAAGGUUCUGUUGGAUUCAGAGAAUCCAAAGCUAACGGGACAAAAAGUGAUCUGUAGUCUCAGUAAGUCAGUUGAUUUGAGCCAACAUGGAAGAGUUGCCCUGCAGCAUUGUGUUCUGGGGCACUUCUACUCAAAUACCUUCAGGAGGGAGGAGGUGACAACUCCAUAAGCCUUUUUGAUUUACUCCAGUAGCCGCUACAUUGCUAUGGCCCACAUGCCAUAUUGCAAAGUGUCUGUAUGUGAAAUGGCAAGAGGCAGAGCUGUGAAAUGAAGGCAGUCUGUGUCUCAGGUAGUGCCUUACUACCCUUAGGUCCUGCUUUUACCUGCUUUGACAUAGAGAGAGAAUGCAGCUGUUGACAAAAGUAGGAUGUUAUUAUAAGGUGUUGUAAGGUGUUAUGUGAGAUUUUCUCUUUCAUCAUCACGCCAUAGUAUUUCCACUGGCUCAGCAAUAGGAUUGGGGAAAGAGGCCUUAAGUAUAGCACCAUUUUUCUCCUGAUUUUAAGAGGCAUGUGUCAAACAACAACAACAACAACGAAAAACCCAAAGCGAUGUAUACGGCAUUUACAUGCAACAGGCUGCCGAGUGCAUGCAUACGGAGAGUGGAAAAAUAUGGCUUAUUGUGGUUUGUUACAGCCCUAAAUGGGUGGUAGUGAUAAACCAGCAAAGCGAAGUGUUGAGUCUACUGCAGACUUGACAAGGACGUACACUGCAUUCUACAUUUACACCUGAGUAGAUGUUGACGUCACGUUAGGAAAGGAAGAGAGAAACUUCCAUCAGUUAAAGAACAUGGUUCUCAGCCUAUACAAUAGCCUUUUCAAUGCUAUUGGCCAUACAUUCUUUUUUAAUAAUUCAGUAGUUUUUCAUUCACAUUUCCCCUUUUAAGUACUGCCUUUGGGUUCAUUGCCUUUGAAUUUUAGGUUUAUGUUGCAGACCCGUGUCUGAGAAGCAUGUUUCUGCUUAAACUCUUUUUAACCUGUGUCAGUCAGAUGCAGAUCAAGAUUGGAGAUUUGCACAUUGACCUCGUUGUGGCUUAAAUUACAAGACAUACAGCCUGCAAUUCACUGGCAUUAGUUGUUAAAUGGCUUGUCAAUGACUGACCCGAUCCCACACUCCAGCACAAAAAGCUUUAAGGACACAAACUGGCUGACACAGGGUUCCCUCAGUCAGAGAAAACUUAGAUGGUCAGGAAAAAAUAUAGAAAAUUAUACAUUUUCUUUCUUUUGUUUUUCAGUUGUUUUUUUUGUUUUUGUUUUUGUUUUUUUGUUUUUUAAUCGAUAAGGUUAAUGUCAGACUUGUUGAUUGGUUAUCUUUUGAAGAAUUCAAUUCUAAUUACAGAAGUCUUAUGUGAUAGUUGUGGAAAAACAAUAUCCAAAAAUUUAAAUCAGCUUCUGGGCAAAAAAAAAAAAAGAACAACAUUUGAAUAUAAAGACUGGCAGGCAUUCACAUUUGAAUUUGUAAAAAAAAAAAAAAAAAAAAAUGCAUAGGACUCCUGUAUUAAAUUACA